AUGGCGCCCCAGCUGCGCCGCGACGACUACACGGUGGGAUGGGUGUGCGCGCUGCCCGUCGAGCUGGCGGCAGCGCAGGAGAUGCUCGACGAGGAGCACGACACACCUCGAUGUGGCGCCCACGACACGAACCUCUACACCUGCGGACGCGUCGGCGAGCACAACGUGGUCAUCGCCUGCUUGCCUGAAGUCAACCUUCUCGUCGACGCGGUUUGGCCUGAUGGUAUCGGCGGCGGCGUGCCGAGCGAGGAGGCAGACGUGCGGCUCGGGGACGUGGUGGUGAGCAAGCCGCACAAGACGCACGGCGGAGUGGUGCAGUACGACUCGGGCAAGGCCACGCCGAGCGGGUUCGAGCGGACGGGAGCGCUCAACACACCACCGAUGGUGCUGCUGAACGCGGUGGCGAACGUGCGGGCCAAGCAGAUGAGAGGGAAGGGUAAGCUGUUGGAGUAUCUGUCCAAGCUCGACAGCUUGCCAGACUUCACGCGAGAAGCUGCGGGCUCAGACGCUCUGUACGACGCGACGUACGACCAUGUAGGAUCAGCCACGUGCGCAAAGUGCAAAACAGAACACACAGUCACUCGGGAGGUACGGAGACAAGACGUAGUGGUGCACUACGGCACCAUCGCGUCCGGCAACCAGGUGAUGCGGAGCGCUGCCGAGAGAGACAGAGUCAGCGCAGAGCUCGACGGGGUGCUGUGCUUUGAGAUGGAGGCGGCUGGGCUGAUGAACAGCUUCCCGUGUCUCGUCGUGCGCGGCAUCUGCGACUACGCGGACUCGCACAAGAACAAGCGGUGGCAGCCAUAUGCGGCAGCGACGGCAGCGGCGUACGCGAAGGAGGUGCUGUCGGCGAUACCGCCGGUAGACGUGGCCAAGUCGCGCACGGCGGAGGAGACGAUGCGGGAUGUAAGCGGUUAG